AUGAUCUUGACCAAAACCAAGGGCCUGGCCAUGGUGUACUACAUCACGAACUACGCCACCAAACUGGAUACGCCGAUGUGGAAGCGCAUUGCUCUCGCCACCGAGGUUGCCCGCCAACUCCGCGAAGCCGGUGGUGCGAGGUGUCGCGCGCCAGGUCCCACCCUGCCCGACGACAGGCAGCAGGCAGUUUUAAACAAGAGCCGUCAGUUCCUGAUGAGAACGGCAAAUCGGAUCUUCUCCGAGCGACAACUCUCGGCCGUCGAGGUCUGUUACCACCUCCUUGGAUAUGACACCGACUUUACCAACGUGCCGCAUUGGUCGUUCCUGAACUUGACGGCCCUCUACUGGACAAUCUUUCGGCUAUGGGCACAUCUCCGCCACCAGGCCGGCGAGCUGACGGACGCUGAACAGCCCCCGGAGACCAUCCCUCUGAGGCAAGGAGGGCGAACGCUUCUAUGCUUAGAUGCGAUUCCGACUGUGACGGCUGGAUGCAAAAGCUUCGACGGCCCGACCAGUACGCCGUCCCGAUCUUCCGGAUACAUCAGCGACGACCAUGACGACGAUCACCCAGUGUAUAUUAAGCGAAAUUCUGUCCUACAUUUGGCGUUAUUCGUCCCUUGGGAAAACUUCAUUUCUGAGAGCCAAGGCGAUAUAACCGACAUAUGGACGACGCAUCGAGCGCGGCUUUGUCCCCGCCUCCGUUUCUACGUCUCCAACAUUUGUCUUUUGAGAAAGUCUGCCGAGGACGCGCCUCGUUACGGCGAUAUGGAGUCCGCCGCUGCGCUCCCGGGUAGUGACCUCGAUGAACAAGGCCCUCGGAUGCUUGUCGACGUCAGUCCGGUCACUAGCUUCGUGGAGAUGGGACGCACCACCGCCGCUAGCUUUACACUGAACUAUCUACAGACCAUGGCCCUUCAACUCGUUUGCGUAUUUCUGGACAAGUAUACUGCCGAUCCGGACUCAGCUGGUCAGCAUCUUCAAUAUACCGGCGGGCCGGGAGGCACCGGAAAGUCAAGGAUUAUCGAUGCCCUGAAGGGCGUGUUCGCGGCGAGAGACCAGCCACAUCUUCUGCAGAUAACCGGCACAUCAGGCAGUUCGGCGGCCCAGAUUGGCGGCACGACGAUCCACUCGGCCUGUGGGUUAGAUUCCCAUCGCGAUCCAAACAAACCGCCUCCCCCCUUCUCGGAGGCGAAGAAAUGGAUAUGGAAACUGAAGCUGGUACUCGUGAUUGACGAGGUCAACCGCCGGACCGAACACAGACCCCUGCGACAAGCCACCAUCUCUCACCACAGCGGCUGGUUGUGGUACAUGUUCAAAACCGUUGUGCUCCUCGAAGACCAAGUCCGCGCACGCAACGAUCCCCAACUCCGCGCACUCCUGGAUCGAGUCCGUAACGGCCGGCAGACCCAGCAAGAUCUGAGCUUGCUCAAUGCCAACAUUGUAGGACGCUCCCAAAUCACCUUCCAUGACGGUUUGCGUGCUAUAACGCCGCUGAACCGCACCCGGUGGGCCCUCAACAUGGAAGCCGUCGUGGGCUGGGCGCGCUUCAACAGGCAGCAUAUCCGUAUCUUUGUCUCGACUCACACCUGGCGCAACGGCACGCUUUCUCCAAACAUCGGCAUGCCUGUGGUUGUGAACAAAAACAUCUACACGGGUUUGAAAGUGGAUACCACUUGGCGGAUGACGUGA